AUGCGCCAGAAGGCUAGGACCCGUCCGACUGGUCCGGAUGUGAGAGCACAGGGUUUGGACACUGCGACAUUGGGACGAAGCAUAUGUCAGCACAUAUCUGUGAAAGGCUUCUGCAUAAUAGAUCCAGAGGUCGAAGAGGAAUAUCUGGAUACUGUACUGGCCGACAUCUCUGCCGUUGACGAGCAGGGCAGAUUCGUCUCGCUUCCAGCUGGCAUUGUAGAGGGCCUUCUGGGCAAAGAGGGCUCCUGCCGUGUGGCAGAUGUCGGUGUCACGACCGAGCAUGCGAUGGUGUCAGUGUUCACUGAAAGCUUUGUGCGCGAUGGUGCUGCCCUUCGCUACUUCGAUGACAACAAGUGCUUGUUGUUAGCAAAGCAGCACUGGCUCCACAGCCAUUCUGUUGUCAUGGACACAGACCGGAAGUUGUACCUGGCCAACCUGCCACAGGAUAUCGCCGAGGAAGAGCUCCGGGAGGUCUUCGGCGUAUACGGCCGAAUAGAAGAGGUGAUCGUCCUCGGGUCGAAAGCUGCAGACAGGACCGACCGCACGGGGUUCGUCAAGUUUGUAGACAAGGAGGAUGCAGCCGCAGCGCUGGCUGUCCUCAACGACAUGUACCAGUUUCGCGAAGACUCGGAGACGAUUCGCGUUAGCUGGGCCAGGCCUCAUCGCGACGACAAGGGGCACAAGGGCCAUGGUCAUGGCUAUGGACACGCAGGAGGCCAAUCAGGUGGCAAGGGUCCACCGAUGCCGCCACUUCCUGCACCGCCAAGUGGAGCACCUCCACCCCCGCCACCCGCAGCUCCGCCACCCCCGCCCAUGCCAGCUCCGAAAGGCGGAGGGGGCUUCAAAGGGCCUGGCCAGGGCGAGAAGCUUUGGGUUGGUAACUUGCCCGGUGACAUCACCGAGACCGAGAUGCACAAGGCAUUUGGCCAGUUUGGCAGUGUUGACGAGGUCAACAUUUUGCCAGCUAGAUCCAGGAGCGGUCAGCUCUGUGCCUUUGUGCGCUAUGCCACGCCUGCAGAGGCUGAAGCAUGCAUCGCUGGCAUGGUCGCCUUUAAGUUCCGACCAGGGGAUGCAGAAGAGAUCAAGAUAGAACGACCGGCUGAUCGGUCAAGGAAAGGAGGGAAAGGUGACGGCUGGGGCAAGGGUGGCUGGGGCCACGGUGCCGCCUGUGGUGGUUGCGGCGGCUGCAGCGGCUGCGGUGGGUGUGCAGGGUGCGGAGGAUGCGGUGGAUUUCCCGGUUGCGGCUGUGGCGGCUGCGGCGGCUGCCAAGGCUACCAUGCUGCUUGUGGCGGCUGCGCUUGUGGCGGCUGUGGAGCAGAUGGCCAGUGGGUCCAGGGCUGCGGAGGUUGCGGCCAGCGAUACCAGCCAUACUGA